AUGUAUAAAUAUAAACUUCUUCACAACUUGGGUUUGGAUAUUAAUAAAUGUAAAGGACAGGGCUAUGAUGGUGCAAGUGUGAUGAGUGGAACUUAUUCGGGGCUACAGAAGCGAAUCAACGAUAUUGUACCUAAUGCUAUGUAUGUUCAUUGUUGUGCCCAUAACCUGAACCUUGUAGUUUGUGAUGCAGCCAAGAGUUCUGACAAAGCAAUGAGAUUUUUUGAAACUGUACAAUUUGUAUUCAACUUUUUUGGUGGAAGUGCUCCAAGAUGGGCAUUAUUGGCUCUUGGAGAAGAUAAUUCAACGGCAGUUCGUAAAAAGGUUCUAAAAAAAGUAUGUGCUACACGCCGGGAAGCUCGACAUAAUGCAGUAUUUGCACUUAAAGAGAGAUUUGUUGAUGUGCUCAAGACUCUUACAGUAAUUAGUCUAACCAGCAAGAAAAAUGAAGAGAUUGUUCAAAGCAAAUAUUUGCAAAAAAAAAUUGAAAAUAUAGAAUUUAUUUUAUUAUUGUGUGUCUGGGAAAAUAUUUUAAGAUCGGUCCAACCAGUAUCCAAAUGUCUGCAGUCUAAUGAUAUCAAUAUACAAAAUGCUUGCAAUUUACUUAAGCAAACAAUUGGUACACUUGAAAAUCUACGUGAAAAACUGCUUUCGGUUACGUUAUUUUCUACUGACCCUUGCAGAAACCGUAACCUUUCAAAAUGUACGUAA